AUGCAUUACAUUUUCAUACACAACAAGUCCGGCAAGGCACAGGAGUUCCAAGUCCAUGGCUUCAACGGCGACAAGAACAUCACUGUAGCUCCGCGCACAAAAGCUAAGAUUGAGGCUCCUGACGGAAAAUCCGGUGCCAUCAUUGCCGUACACGAGGGUCAGAUCGGCGAGCAGGCCGAGAUCACCAAGAAUGGCUGGGGCGGCAACGACACUGUCGACAUCAGCAACAUUUGCGGCGCUGGCGGCAACAUGACCGUCCAGCAGGUUGGCGACGCGCCCAACAAGUUCAAGGGUGACCAAAUAUUCAUGCAGGAGUGUAACACUGCUUGGCACAAAGCCAGCCAAGACGUGAAGAACGCCAUCAAGAGCCACGUUUUCUUGGACAGUAAGGGCAACGUCAAGCGCAUUGGAGCACCCAAGGAGAACCAGGCUCUCGAGAAGUUUGUCCGCACCUUCGCCCAGGGUAAGACCUACAUCGGCGUUGGUGCUUGGGGAAACAGCAAGGGUGAUCCAGGUGACAACGCCCAGAGCUCCGCUGGCAAGGGGAACAAGGAUAUCCUGGUCACGUACAGUGACGGUGAUGCAUCCCCGGAGGUGCCCAAGGCCAACGUCCGCAUGGCUGCUGUUGUUAAUGAAGUCAAGGAGGUUGCCGAGCCCGCUGGUGAUAUCUCGGUUGCCUCUGCAGAGCCUUCUGGUGAUAUCUCGGUAGCCUCCGCUGAGCCUGCCGGUGAGUUUUCAGUUGCCGCCGCAUCUAACGUGCAGGCACUCAAGCCAGGUAUCGUCCUCUACAACAAGGGUAACAAAGAGGAGACCUACUACUUCUACGACAACUACUGGAACGGAAACGGGACUGCGGGAGCCAAUUUCGACCACCCGUUGAAGAACGUCAAACUCGCCGCCGGCAAGUCCACCCACGUGCCGCUCGACCUCAAGUUCAAGGGUCGGGUGCAGAAGGGCACCCAGCUUCCCGCCACGUGGGCCGAGUUCCAGGUCCGCGCUGACAACGACGGCAAGGCGCACGGAGACAUCAGCCUGCAGCAGGGUUGCGACUGUGCGGCCGAGAUCGCCUCUACUGACGGGACCAACGUCCGCAACGGUUUCUCCAAAGACAUCCUCAAGGACGCGCCCGCUGCUGCUAUUCGCAAGAAGCCCAACGGCGAGAAGGCCCUUGAUACCACCGUGGGCAACUGGAACGGACCGGCCAACCAGGCUACGAUUGACUACGAAUACAAGGUCCUUGGCCAUGGAAAGGCUUACAUCACUGGAGGCACUGGUGUCCCUGACAUUGCGUCCAAGAACAACUGCUUGGCUGUCACUUUCUACUAA